CUUAGCAAGAGCAAGCUCCCAUGGGGGUGUAGCACAUUCCACAGGAUUCCGGAUUGUUCUGAAAAUGCUUUCUAAAUGCUGUCUUAAUUAAAGAUUUCUCUAAGUCAGAAUUAAGUUAUUAAAAUGUUCCAGGCAUUUUCUAGAAGUCUUUGAAAAUGGACUACAUUCCUUCCCGGGUUGAUCUACUCCUUAUUGUGGGUUACAAAGUAAUAUUGUGCUGCUUGCUGGUUGCAGAUAAGUUCAAACAAAUACAUUUUUUUCUUGCAGCAGUUUUUCAUGAGCUGACAACUGCCAUUGAGUCACUCUUUGGGGUUUUGCAAUUUUGUAUUUGUGGUCCUUCAGCAGCGAUGGGAAAAAAAAAAAGUCUAGUGUUCCUUAGAGGGCAUUUCCCUGAAAGUAUCAGGUUGAAUAGUGCCUCGUAAGACCAUGCAACAUCCAGACUAACAUUCACAAUGUUUUCCUGCUUUUUUUCUUUUUUUUGCAUAGCUUGCUGCUGCUGCUAAAACACUGAGUGCUCUACACGAUGGAUUUUGAACUUUGCAGAAAAAUGGUAUUGUGUAGAGUUGUUGGCAGCCAACAUGUUUGUGCUGCAAGUAUUUACUGCACUGAUCAGGUGAUAGGAAGGCAAUAAGUGCUGGAGAGCCUUGCCGUAAGGACAGCUUGCUUUGUCCUGGGUCUGUGCUGGAAGCUGAGAAGGGAUGGGUCUGUGGGCCAUUAUGAAUAGUGGUUUAAAACCUGAAUCUAUGUAGUGAGUUCUAGACACGUCUGUCCUCGUGUAUUGAAUGCUUCUAUUGGGCUCUGCUGUUGAUUUGGGGUUUUAAUUUGGGUUUUGCAGACCAAUGCACAGACAUGCCAGUGGUGAUACUGGUCUUGCUGAAACCAAUUGUACAGUUGGGAUGAUAAAGCUCCUCAGUAAUCAUUCCCAGGACAUUUCAGUGGCCAUAUCCAGAAGCCCUGUUACAGAAACAGGAUCCACACAGCACUUCGCUGUCAGACUGAACGCAGCCCAGCCUUCUGCAUGGUGCUGAACUUCGUGCCAGGCUGCAGUGCAAGGAGCAAUUUAUAGACUGAAAGCAGCUCUUGGUGCUGGAAUGGAGGUGAUGACAGAUCAGCAGCAGAACUUCAGGCUUUGUAGGCUGUUACUGAAAAGGCUGUGUGUUGAAGGAACUGAAUUUCGGUAACAGUAAAGCAGAGUUUCUCCACUUGUGUUGUAAGAGCUCUGGGUCUGAUGUCUUUCCAAAUCCAUGUUCUGCAUAGAUUCUGAUGUGGGUUGUUACUUAUUUAAUUUAAUUUUUUUUUUUCCCCCCAUUUUAAAGGUAUCUUAAGAGAUCAGUUGGCAUCAGUAGAGUUGCUUCAUCUUCCUGAUGAGAGCAGUUAACUUCUGUAGGAGGUGAUAUUCAAUCUCCCCUUACUCAACCAGAGCUAGGGAGAUUUGGCUGCUGCUUCGGAGGCCUCUGAGCUUGCAGUUAGCCUUUGACUUUUGGCUGCUUGGUUUUAUAAAGUUGCAAAAGGUUUAAAAAAAUAAAAUCCGAACUCUGCCAGUUUUUGUUGCCCCUUCUGGGACCUGUGAGCAGCUGGGAAACCGCUCAUCAAGUUGAUGUUCAGCUUUUGACUGGGAAAUGCAAGACCAUCUCGUGCCGGGGCUCAGCUCAAAAACAAACGUGUGGUUGCAAAGAGAGCACUGUUAUCUUGUACAUCAUCCAGAUGUGUGUGUGUAUAUAUAUAUAUUUGUUUAACAGUAAGUGAAAUGUUAAUUUUGUUCUUUUAUAUUUGCUUUGCAAUCUUCUGGUGUGUCAACAGCCACGUCAGUACCUAUCCUGAUGGAAGGUUCUGCAGUAGGAAUGGGUGACUCUGCCUCCAUCUCUGCAGUGCAGUUGCUCCUUAGGAACAGGGAAGCCUGCUGAGCUGUCAGCCAGAUGCAGUGUUCCUGGGAAACUGGUUAUUGAGCAUUUAAACUGAAGACAGGUUUUGAAAUGUUCUCUUGUGUUCUGAAAGAAGGGUGGGGGCAAAUCUUUAUGAACUUCACACUGAGAUCAGAGACUGAGCAGUGAAAGUGGUGAGUGAGUGCGUUAAUCUGUGAGUCUGAGAAAAACAUUCAUCUGCUGAGAGAAAAGAGUACGACCAGACUGCUUAAUUAUAUCUCCCUUGAUUUCCCAGGAGAUGUGAAGCCAAAAUGUUGUGUUGGAGCAGGAAAAGAGCUUCACCUUGUUUGAACAGCUUUCAGAGCCAUUCGUUUCAGACCUGGAUGAGUUUUUCACUGGGUUAAAAUCCCUGCUAUCAUUUCCUUUCAUUUGAAACUGUACGCCAGCAUUCAUUUGAAACAGCGUAAAUUUAAAAACCACAAUGCACUGCACAUGAGACAAAAGAAAGACCUUUACUUGGGUGACGGACAAAGGAAAAAGGACUGGCAUAAUAAGGAAGCUAUAAGGAGGGACCUUGAGCGCGUGGGAAAUGGAGAACAGGGAAAACCUUACCCGAUGACUGAUGCAGAGCGAGUGGACCAGGCAUACAGGGAAAAUGGCUUUAAUAUCUUCGUGAGCGAUAAGAUUUCUCUGAAUCGUUCCCUUCCAGACAUCAGACAUCCAAACUGCAAGAAUAAGCUGUACCUGGAGAAGCUGCCAAACACCAGCGUGAUAAUUCCAUUCCACAAUGAAGGAUGGUCCUCCCUGCUCCGGACAGUGCACAGCGUUCUGAACCGCUCCCCUCCUGAGCUGAUAGCAGAGAUAGUGCUGGUGGAUGACUUCAGUGACAGAGAACAUCUGAAGAAACGCCUGGAAGAUUAUAUGGCCCAGUUCCCAAAUGUAAGAAUCCUCCGAACCAAGAAGAGGGAAGGGCUGAUAAGAACUCGGAUGCUGGGAGCCUCUGUGGCCAUAGGAGAUGUUAUCACCUUCUUGGAUUCCCAUUGCGAGGCCAACGUGAACUGGCUGCCACCUCUGUUAGAUCGCAUUGCCCGAAACCGCAAGACUAUCGUUUGUCCCAUGAUUGAUGUUAUUGAUCAUGACCAUUUUGGAUAUGAGACUCAGGCUGGAGAUGCAAUGCGAGGUGCAUUUGACUGGGAGAUGUAUUACAAGAGGAUCCCUAUUCCUCCCGAGUUACAGAAACUCGAUCCCAGCGAUCCAUUUGAGUCUCCUGUAAUGGCUGGAGGACUGUUUGCAGUCGAUAGAAAGUGGUUCUGGGAGCUGGGAGGGUAUGAUGCAGGUCUGGAGAUAUGGGGAGGAGAGCAGUAUGAAAUAUCCUUUAAGGUAUGGAUGUGUGGGGGUCGUAUGGAGGACAUCCCUUGCUCUCGAGUUGGUCAUAUAUACAGAAAAUACGUUCCUUACAAGGUUCCAACAGGAGUCAGCCUGGCAAGAAAUCUGAAGCGGGUUGCUGAGGUGUGGAUGGACGAGUAUGCAGAGUACAUCUACCAGCGCAGACCGGAGUACCGGCAUCUUUCUGCAGGGGACGUCACGGCUCAGAAGGAACUCCGCAACAACCUCAACUGCAAGAGCUUCAAGUGGUUCAUGAGUGAGGUUGCAUGGGACUUGCCAAAGUUUUACCCACCAGUGGAGCCUCCUGCAGCUGCCUGGGGAGAGAUACGCAACGUAGGAACUGGGCUGUGUGUGGACACUAAACAUGGAUCUCUGGGAUCCCCGCUGAGGCUGGAAAGCUGCGUGAAGGACAGAGGAGAGGCAGCAUGGAACAAUGUGCAGCAGGUAUUCACAUUUAGCUGGAGAGAAGACAUCCGCCCUGGGGAUCCUCAGCACACCAAGAAGUUUUGUUUUGAUGCCAUUUCCCACAGCAGCCCCGUGACCCUCUAUGACUGUCAUGGGAUGAAGGGGAACCAGCUGUGGAGAUACCGAAAAGACAAGACCCUCUACCAUCCAGUAAGCAGCAGCUGUAUGGACUGCAGUGAGAGUGACCGAAAGAUCUUUAUGAACAGCUGCAAUCCUUCAUCUCCAACACAGCAGUGGAUAUUUGAACAUACAAACUCAACCAUCUUGGAAAAAUUCAACAGAAAUCUUGAUCUUUAAAAGACUGAGAAUAUAUAUAUAUAUUAUAUAUAUAUUUUACAAUUAUAGUUUUUACUGGGGAGGGUUACAAAAAUUUUUUAAGAAUCCUUUUUUUUUUUUUAACAGUUCAUGAAGGUAAAAGGGAGAAUCUCAGGAGAAGGUAAACUAGCAGGGCCAGUCUUUAUUGUGAAGAUGCUGCAUCCUUCUCUUCUGGUAAUGGUGGAGUUCUAAAGGCUUUGCCAGAGCCAUUUCUGUGCUGAGAUGAGAACAAAAACUCUGUUUUCAGAGGAGUCUGAAUGUGAUUCAAACUAUUUUAUUUUUAUUUUUUAACUGCUCUAUUUCCCUUGUGGCUCUGGUGGUAACUGAUUUUAUUCUCUAGGACCCUCAAAUACAGUACUUUAUGUAGCUGCUAUACCACCUGCUGAAGCAUUCCCGAAUAUGUGCUUUAUCUUUCAAAUUCCAUCUAAGUAAAAUCUUGGACACAAAAUUAAAUUCUCUGAUGUCACAGGCAUAAAAAAGAAAUAGGCCAUCAAAAUGUGAAAUGAAAUGAAUUUUUUUUUUCCUGAAACCAAAAUAUAUUUCAAGCAGAUUGACUGUUAUUGCUUUCCAAAUGAUAGCUUUGAUAAAGGAAAGAGCUCUAGAGGAAGCAGCCGAGUGUUGGGGUUAUUGCUGCAGUUAUUGGUGAUGAGGAAUCUGGGUUUCUGGUCCAUUUGUUUUGCAGUCAGUUUGUCACUCACUGCUGAAUCCUCAAGGUGAAAGAUCAGCAGAGCUUUUAAGUGAGCACAGUUCUUACAAGUUAAGAUUUUUGGAUACCAAACUCACUUUCUGUUCAGCACCAUUUUAUCAUGGAGACCUCUAGGGUUUCUUAGAGUUAAAUGUGAAGGCAACUUUUGUUUUUCCUUUAGAGAUUAACUCACUGGCGUGAACAGAUUAAUUCAGAAUAAUUAAGUCAGGGCUGGGAUUAGCCAUUAGUUUUUAUCCAUUUGUAGUUUAUUCUAAUCAUGAGUCCUGUGGUCAGUGGUGUUCUAGGCCUGUGGGAAUGCACUCUCCCUUUCUUUCCCAACAUCCACAGAACUGUACAGUUUCUAGUGACUGGAAACCUGCUGCUUAUGUAGAGAUGUGGAAUCCAGGGGCCAGCUGAUACCCUGUUCCUUGUGUAGUCAGUUAGCAGUGCAAGGUGAUACCCUUCUAGUCUGCCUACAGAAUCUACCACACACAACCAGAACUGUCUCAUCCCUCAAGCUGGAAAAAAGUGCUGACACUGAAGAAUGAAUGGAGAACUAUCAGUAUGAAGUCUGAGCUGAGUGUUUAAAAAAAACAAAAACACAACAAACGUGCUGGUUUAAAAUUGUUGCAAAAACAAUAAAUCAGCUGUCUUAUUCUGAAGGCAGCAGUUGCAUUUCAUGGUAAAAAAAAACGUGAAUGAAGACGCUGCCUAAAGGAAUAAAAUCAGCCCUUUCCAAUAAUUGUUCAGUUCCACAAUUUGUCCAGCUGUGCAUUUAGUAAUGUUGAAGGGGGAAGUAGCGUGCAACCAGCUGUGGGAGAGUGAAAGUCAGCAAGUAUUCAGGAUAGGUGUAGUACAGCACCCUGGGUCUCUUGAGAAACAUGGUUAAUGGACAUGACCUCCUUGAAAGCUCUGUUCUGGCAUAUCUUUCUCUUCUGUUAAGUGAGGGAGUUGGCUCUCACCUUUGCAGAGCUCCAGAAGAAGCCUUUUCUCCUGUUGCCAACUGUGGGAUCAUUACCUGUGUUUUAGAUAUAUUUGAGGCCCUAUAGAGCUGUGUCUGUAAUUUGGGAGCAGACUAGGACAGAACUAGCUGCCUCUGCAGCUCUAACGUCUGUUAUGCUAACUCUGAGGUUCAAAAUCAUUUCCACCUUUUGUGUCCUCGCAACUGAGGCUGUAUCUGACCUGCUCUACUAAUUCACCUGGUACAGACAGUCUCAGAGCAGGGGAAAAGUGGGCACUGCACUGCAGCUGGGUGUGGGGUUGCCAAAUGUAUUCGUGUCUAACAUUUGGGGAGUGAAGAAAGGAAAGAAGAUCUAGACUUCCUUGAGACAGUUCUGCAGCACUAUUCUAUGGCAGUGAGACCAAUGUCAGUCAGAGUUGACAUCAUAUGUUCUCAGUAUCUGCAAUAUGUCUGUCAUUGGAAUCUCUUUUCGCCCCUGUGGGAGAGAGCACCGCUUUCCAGUGCUUUGUGUCUGACUUGCUUUCCUUAAGUUAUUAAUGCUCUCAUUAGUCUAGUAGUGCUGACUGUGGAUCACUAGACAGCCUGAAUAAAUGUCUUUAUGAAUGUUUUAAUACCUGUGGAACAAGAAGCUGUUUGUCCAUGAUCAGUGCAAUUUUCAUUUUUUAAUAGUUGCGACACAAUCAGCAAGUGAUGUACGUGGACUGUAGGGCGUUCUGAUUGCAGCUUUGUGUGUUUUUGUUUUCUAACAAGAGGGUUUGUUUCUGUUUCUAAAAUGCAUGGCUUGCUUUGUACUUGGACUCACCUUGUGAAGAGAGCUUUGGAGUCCUAGCUGCUUGCCCUACUGGACGCUUGCUUCAGAAAGAACUACAGUAAUGAGCAGGUCUUUUACCACAGAGUGAUCUUAAUUGAGUGAGAAAGGACAGAUAGUAGCAGUAUGCAUCAAAAGACACGGGGAUGUUGAGGCAUUUUGUCUUCAAUAACCAAUUACAAUACGUGGAAACCGGAGCUUUAGGGUGACUGGUCCUAUGGGUGCUUCUCAAUACUGUUGAUCUCAUUUGUUUUCUAAAGAUUUGGGGUUCUGAACUUGUAAGUGCCCCACAGAUUCUGUACAUUUCUCACUGGCUCACUGGGCUUUGAGCUAUUAAUUUAUUUACAUCCGUUAUAAGUUUCAGUACCCUAGAGGCUUUGCUGACUAAUGUGAAGACUUAAUAUAGCCAACCAUCCACUGAUUGAGAAAUAGAAGCUGUAUUUCACCAUCUACAUCUUUAAUUGGGCCUUUGCUGGGCAAACUGGUUGAUUAUUCCGAUUACUUCUGGUUAUUUGUAAGCAAAAUUGCUGAAGCAUGAAUACACAAGCAAAUCUUCAUAUCCGCAUGCAAGCCGAGACUGGAGAUUAAAUACCAGUCAUUAUCCAAUGCCAAAUGUUUUUCAUUUUUUCUCCUUAAAAUAUUCAAUCAAAUCCUCACUCCAUGGUUGCGUAAAUUCUGCUGCUUUAAAAUAUCAGAAUCCCAGACAAGAGUGAGAUCCUUGGAUGUGUGUUAUGAUGCGUAAUUAUACUUUGAUUUGCUCUUGAAGCUCUUGUUGUUUCAUACAGGUGCUAACCUCCAAGGCCUACAGAGUAAUGUUUGAGGACUUUAUGCAUGCAAGGUGUCCUUUUUCAUGCCUCAGCAUAUAACUUUGUUUUUCACGUUGUAGUAGAAGAAAGAGUGAGCCUUACUGAAAGGGGAAUACAGCAUCCUUAAAAUAAAGAUGUGCCUUUUUAAAUGUAAAUGUACAGCAAAUGCUUAAACUUGAACCAUUUCCUAGUGCCUUGCUGGACAAGAGAAGAGGGGAAGGGGCCGGGGGGGAUGAGGGCGUAUGAGAAAGCUUGACUCAUGCAGAAUUUGUGUGUGUGCAUUCUUUUUAAUGUGUAAGUGCAAAAUUUGUGUGGGUGACAGUAAUUCAGAAGCUCCUGGGUUUCCUCUGUUAAAUUGAUGUCAUUAAUGAGUUGGGGGUGGGUAGGGUGGACAUUAUCACUAAUGAAUAAAGCUAGACCAGAGGUUUUCUUGAUAGCUUUUGGGUGUUCAUGGUGAAGGCUAAUGAGUUUCACUGGCAUGUGAGGUCCUGCCUUUCAUGUUCUGAGUAUCCAAAUAGGAAAUCACAAAUAAAAAUGAUCAGAUCUGUAGCAGCAGUGUCUUACAGAAAGUUGAUACUUUCAAUCGCUAAGAAGCUUUGAAAGGAUACGUUCAAAUCUAAUACAGAAGUAGCAAGAAAGCAAUUUCUCCCCUUAACUUUCUUCCUGGUUUGUUUUACUGUAACAUCUGUGCACAGGACUUUGCUUUCCUUCACUGAAAAUUUCCAGGCAGCAAACUUUCCUCCUCCCUGCUGCACUGAAGUCAAACAAGCACCACCAGCAGCCAGUAUUGCAGAAGAUAUUGUUCUCAUGGUAGGAUCAUUACAGUAGCUCUACUGACUUGCAUCACUGAGGGGAGAUGAGGGAGAUCUCUUAAAAGUUGUAUUGGGCAAUUGCAUAACUGCUGGGUGUGAAAAGGGAGUAGCCUUUGUUUUAAAUUCUUUCAAGAUAGGAACAGAUACUUGAAUAGUUUUGACUGGAGAGAACCAACAGCCUCUAGCAGUCAGCCUGUAAUGUUUUCUUUCAGUCAGAAGAGUGCUGUUAAAAUUGUGUGAAACAGACUGGCUCUGCUAGCAGGGGAUCCAAGUGUGCUGUCUGUUCCCAACUGCUGUGGUUCAAGUUCAUACUCACCUACUGUGUUUCUAAGCACUUGCGACAAAGGAGCCUGAUAGUGCCUAAGGGGUCCUUGCCUGAGAAGCAGCAAGGUAGAUUUGUUUUAACAGUUAGUUAGCAUGACAAGCUUCUUAAAUACUUAGCAAACUAUUGCCAAAAUGAUGAAGAACUUUAGGUUACUUCAGGAUCUGUGAAGACCGGUUUGAAAGGCCUGUCAAAGGUUAUAGACUGUAAGAGGGGAGCCAGGCUGGGAGUCAGGAGCACUAGGAGGUGCUGCUCCGUUUCUCAGUGCAUCAAGCAAUAGGCUCAAGGUGAGUCUGUGUGCUGGAGUUUCCUAACCAGUGUAAGAUUUAGCUGUAAGUGCUUCAUUUUUCUACCUUAGUAGGUGUUCAGCUAGCUCCUUUGUAGUGUCACACUUGAACUUGGAGAUCUGUGUAUGGAACUAGGCAAUGAUAUAUUACAGAAAUCCUCAGUAAAACCCUAUGGCUAUUUUUUUUUUAAACUCUGCUUCUGCUAGCUGAUUAUGCUCACUGCAUUUGAGCUUUCUUGAUACCUCUGUAUUACCCAAAGGACUUUAGGGAUUCCAGCAGUCUUAUGUAACGACACUGGAUCCUGUGGUCUCAAAGCUACUAGUUCAACUCUUGGAAAAAAGUUUUAAUCCUAAUUAGAGAGCAAGCAAAUGAGACCUUCAACCACAAGAGAAGUUCAAACAAAAAAAAAAAGAUGACCUGAUCAAGCUAAAAGAUGAAAGUAUUUACCCUUGUGAUAAAAGCAACAAAUAGCUUUAGUCUGUAGGGUGGUGAAGAGAAUUGGUUUUAAAAGAUAUUCUUCAGAAUCGUGGUGAUGAGAUCGAAGUUUGUCUAUACCUUGUACUGCAUGCAUUUUAUCUGUAAAACUGGAUGGUGCCUCUUGAAUUAGUGUAUAUUUAUUUCUGUGCAUAUUAGGACCAACAACCUAAUAUCUGGGGGUGGUAAAGGACUUGUAGCACUUUAAUGUAGUAGCUUUCAUAAACUGGGAAUCAUUGAUAGAAUGCCUAGUGUUUUUAAAGUUGAAUGGACUUCCUUUUAUAAUAUAUUUAAAAUAAAUUUUUAAUGUGUUUUCUGAA